ACCUCCCAACAAAACCUCAUCGCAUCUUCCUCGUACUCAGGCAGAGAGGAGGACGAGGGUGAUGAUCAUCAUUCAAAAGCACUAAAAAGAAAAAAUCACAAGAAAAUAAUAAUUGUACAUAACUAAAAAAAAUAGUAAAAAAAUGAAUGACUUAUUCUCAAAUUCAUUCAAGAGGAACCAGGCUCAAUUUGGCGAUGUUGAAGCAGGUCAAGAAACGAUGAACCUCGAUAAAUUCUUCGAGGAUGUCGAGAAUGUGAAGGAUGACAUGAAAGGAAUCGAGACUCUUUAUAAGAAGCUUCAAGACUCUAACGAAGAAUGCAAGACGGUUCACAAUGCCAAGAAGGUGAAGGAGCUACGAGCUAAGAUGGAUGGAGACGUAGGUCAGGUCCUUAAGAGGGUCAAAAUGAUCAAGCAGAAGCUCGAAGCCCUAGAGAAAGCUAACGCUAAUAGCCGUAAUGUCCCUGGUUGUGGGCCCGGUUCGUCUACGGAUAGGACUCGGUCGUCUGUGGUUAGCGGUCUCGGGAAGAAGCUCAAGGACUUGAUGGAUAGUUUCCAGGGUCUACGUUCAAGAAUGAACGAUGAGUACAAAGAAACCGUAGAACGCAGGUAUUUCACAAUAACAGGAGAACAAGCUGACGAGCAAACAAUUGAUAACUUGAUUGCAAGCGGUGAGAGUGAAAAUUUUCUCCAAAAAGCGAUUCAAGAGCAAGGAAGAGGUCAGAUCAUGGACACUAUAUCUGAGAUUCAAGAAAGACAUGAUGCAGUGAAGGAGAUUGAGAAGAAUCUACUCGAGUUGCACCAAGUUUUCUUGGACAUGGCGGCUCUAGUGGAAGCUCAAGGGCAGCAACUCAACAAUAUAGAGAGUCAUGUGGCAAAGGCGAGCUCGUUUGUGAGAAGAGGGACUGAGCAGCUCCAAGAUGCGAGGGAGUACCAAAAGAGCUCGAGGAAAUGGACAUGUUACGCCAUUAUUCUCUUUAUCGUUGUCUUUAUCCUUCUUCUUAUUCCUGCUCUACCCCAUAUUAUGCUCAUGUUGAAGUGAAGUGGCUAGAGAGCUUGGUCUUGAUUGUCACAAUAUCUCUUCUCUUAUUCAUUUUUUUUUUGGCUCUAUGGGAUCGAUGAAGAAUAGUUAGACUAUGGUAACAACCAUGAAAAGAAAUUUGUAGAAAAUGUUUUGAAACACCGGUUUGUUAUCACAUUCUUUUUAAUGCAAUCCUGAGUUUU